AUGAAACUUGGAACUUGUACUGAAUGGUUAUUCUUUCAUCUUUGGAAAAAGAACCCCAAUUCUGGUCAUAGUUGUAAUGGAGUAUUUCUUGCAGAUACGGUUAUUUAUAGAUGGGCAUAACCUUACUUUAGUAAUAUAAAGAUUCAACAUAAUAAUAGGGUAUUUCACAGCCUAAAAUGGAUAAAUAAUUAGAAAAACUAAAGAAAGAGUCUUUAUUGAAUAAGUUGAAUAAGCUUUUUUAUAAGAUAAUACUGUAGCUGUUUUAAUGACUAGUCAAGUAUUUAUAUUAACAACUAUAUUAGGCAUAAUCUAAAUAAUAAGAAGUAAUCAAUUUUGAAUACUUUGAUAAAGAAAACUUUGGUAAUUUCUUGUAUUAAAGAGAAAAAGAAUUAAAUUCUAUUCUUUAAAAGUAUAUUAUUUAAUUUUAUAUUUUAGAUUCAUUUAUCCUAAAAGUGAUCAUAAUUCAAUAAUUAAAGUAACUUGGUCUCCUUAAUUCUGUCUCAUAAAUAGGAAAACUAAUAUCAAUAAUAUGAAUGAUUAUAAAAAAACAUUAUAUGAACGAGUUAGUACUUUUGAUGGACCUGAAUACUUAUCUGUUUCAGAUUCCAUUAGUUCACCAUUAUUGAGUUCUGAUUUAGAACAAUUAUGUGUUAAUAUUGUUAAACAUGUUUAAGAAGUAUCAGGUGGAAACAUUUAAAUUAUUAGAAUGAUUUUAUAUUUUAAAGUUGAUCAAGAUAAUAGAAUCUGGUUAAUGUUUUGUACUGGUAUGAAAGUUAAAGAUAAGUUUUCAACUCAUCCUGAAAAACUUAGAACAGAUUCCCCUCUUUUUAAAAUUAUUAGAAGAGAUCUUGAACCUGUAAUCACAGGAACUGAAAAUAUUCAAAAAGUAGUUAAAUACAAUAGUGAAGGAUAAAUUGAAGAACUUUUAUAUUAAUUAGAAAAUGUCUGUUCUAAUUGUGAUUUAUUUGCCUCAGAACUUUAUCAAUUAUAAUUUCAAUAAAUUAUUGAAAGUUUUGAAAGAGUAUCUAUCAUUUACCUAUUAAUAGUAAUUAGUAAGUAACGAAUUUACUAGACUAUCAGAAGAUUUAUAAAAAAUUAAAAUUAAAAAUGAUAAAAAAAGUGAAUUACUUAAAUUAAAUUAACAUAUUAAAACAAGAUCAAAAUAAUUUAUUCAUAAAGGUAAUUAUCUUAUUCUAUAUAUUUUAGAUUAUUAAUUGUCUAAUUAUUUUGAAUAAUAAUAAUAAAAUUCUGGUACAUAAAGUCAAUAAGAAAUUUUGGUAGAGAAAUAUAAACUUGUAAAUAAUAAAAAAACUUCUGAUUAAGUUCAUGCUGAAAUUUAAGAAUUAUGUAGAUAUUUAGAUGAAGAAUAAGAAGAUUUUAAAUUAAAUUUUAAAACUGUUCCAGCAUUAAUUUUGAAAGUAUGGGGUAAAUUAUCUGAAGAUAAAUAUAAAUUAUUAAAAUUUAAUCCUAGUUGGAGAUAAUUAAAAACUUAAGUUUGUUUAGAUUGUUAUCUUAAAUAUACCGAGUGUUGUAAUCUUACUUAAUUUGAAAGAAAAGUGUAUAAAUAUUCAAUCUAAUUAAAUUAGUAAGACAACUGCAUAAAAUUUAAAAAAAAAGGUAGAAGAUUAAUAAGCGAAUAAUAUUCUAUUGUAAAAUACAUUACUUGAAAUUAAUAAAAAUAAUUUCACAUAAAAUUUUCAUUCAUCUUUGCCUCCUGUAAUUGAAUAAAAAAGUGUUAUAAAUGGUGGAAAAGUAAGUAUUGUAAAAACAGCAAAUACUUAAUAAAGGUCAACUGCUUUAAAUACACCUCCUUAACCAAUUUAAAAUACAUUAGAAGCAAUGCCUUAAUUUUUUAAUAAAUUUAUUAAAUAAGAUAUUAAACCUAAAAAAGCUCUAACUACUUAAAAAGUAAAAAAAAUAAAUAAAUUUUAGAUAUACCAAAAUCGAUAAGGAUUGUAAAUGUCUUUGAAUCAUUCAAGUCAAUCAAGAUCAUCUCGAUCUACUUAAGAUUAAUCAAAGAUCUCAUUUGAUUAUAUGAUAACAACUGUUUCUUAAUUGAAAAAGAAAUUAUAAGAAUUGGAAGUUGAAGAAUAAUCUUAAAAAAAUUAAGAAAUUUAAAAAUAAUAAGUACUAUAAGAUUAAUCAGAAUAAACUUCAUUAUUAUAAAACAGUAAAUUAUUUCAAAUUAAAUACUAACCAAAUAAAUGAUGANUAGUAAUUAGUAAGUAACGAAUUUACUAGACUAUCAGAAGAUUUAUAAAAAAUUAAAAUUAAAAAUGAUAAAAAAAGUGAAUUACUUAAAUUAAAUUAACAUAUUAAAACAAGAUCAAAAUAAUUUAUUCAUAAAGGUAAUUAUCUUAUUCUAUAUAUUUUAGAUUAUUAAUUGUCUAAUUAUUUUGAAUAAUAAUAAUAAAAUUCUGGUACAUAAAGUCAAUAAGAAAUUUUGGUAGAGAAAUAUAAACUUGUAAAUAAUAAAAAAACUUCUGAUUAAGUUCAUGCUGAAAUUUAAGAAUUAUGUAGAUAUUUAGAUGAAGAAUAAGAAGAUUUUAAAUUAAAUUUUAAAACUGUUCCAGCAUUAAUUUUGAAAGUAUGGGGUAAAUUAUCUGAAGAUAAAUAUAAAUUAUUAAAAUUUAAUCCUAGUUGGAGAUAAUUAAAAACUUAAGUUUGUUUAGAUUGUUAUCUUAAAUAUACCGAGUGUUGUAAUCUUACUUAAUUUGAAAGAAAAGUGUAUAAAUAUUCAAUCUAAUUAAAUUAGUAAGACAACUGCAUAAAAUUUAAAAAAAAAGGUAGAAGAUUAAUAAGCGAAUAAUAUUCUAUUGUAAAAUACAUUACUUGAAAUUAAUAAAAAUAAUUUCACAUAAAAUUUUCAUUCAUCUUUGCCUCCUGUAAUUGAAUAAAAAAGUGUUAUAAAUGGUGGAAAAGUAAGUAUUGUAAAAACAGCAAAUACUUAAUAAAGGUCAACUGCUUUAAAUACACCUCCUUAACCAAUUUAAAAUACAUUAGAAGCAAUGCCUUAAUUUUUUAAUAAAUUUAUUAAAUAAGAUAUUAAACCUAAAAAAGCUCUAACUACUUAAAAAGUAAAAAAAAUAAAUAAAUUUUAGAUAUACCAAAAUCGAUAAGGAUUGUAAAUGUCUUUGAAUCAUUCAAGUCAAUCAAGAUCAUCUCGAUCUACUUAAGAUUAAUCAAAGAUCUCAUUUGAUUAUAUGAUAACAACUGUUUCUUAAUUGAAAAAGAAAUUAUAAGAAUUGGAAGUUGAAGAAUAAUCUUAAAAAAAUUAAGAAAUUUAAAAAUAAUAAGUACUAUAAGAUUAAUCAGAAUAAACUUCAUUAUUAUAAAACAGUAAAUUAUUUCAAAUUAAAUACUAACCAAAUAAAUGA